GGCGGCGGCGGCGAUGGCAGGGAAGGAGUUGGAGCGGUGCCAGCAGCAGGCAGACGAGGUGACGGAAAUCAUGCUCAACAACUUCGACAAGGUCCUGGAGCGCGAUGGGAAGCUGGCAGAGCUGGAGCAGCGUUCAGACCAACUCCUGGAUAUGAGCUCAGCCUUCAGCAAGACAACCAAGACCUUGGCCCAGAAGAAGCGCUGGGAGAACACCCGUUGUUGGAUCUACUUGGGGCUGGUGGUGGGAGGUGGCCUGCUCAUCAUCCUGAUAGUGCUGCUGGCCAUCUUUCUUCCACAGAGCAGUGUGGACAGUAGUGCUCCACAGGCCCAGGAUGCAGGCACUGCCUCAGGGCCAGGAGACUGACCCAGCUGGGCCUGGGGGAGAGGUUGAAUGGCUGCACUGGCCAAUUCUCGUCUCCAGAGAACCUUGGCGUUUGCUCCUGUCUGAGCCAUCACAGUGAGCGCUGAAGGGCAGCCCUGAUGUGUGUACCCCCGUAUCUCCCAUCAUGCCACAGACUGGCCUUCAAGGGCAACCUGCUGCACUGGCCAUGCCAGGCCAGUCCCACCUGGAGCUCAGUAAAAGCUGCUGUUUGGUUAAAAA